UAAAUAUCGACUCGUAAGCGUUAACAUGACGGCGUCAAUGGACAAUAUCCCAAAAGAUCUGCGGAAUCUCCGUGCGUGCAUGCUGUGUUCCUUAGUCAAGAGCGUCGAUCAAUUUGAAGACUCAGGUUGUGAAAACUGUGAGCCUCUUUUACAAAUGAAAUCUAACCGUGAACAGGUAUUGAGCUGUACCUCUACAAACUUUAGCGGACUAUUCACGUUGAUGCAUGCCGAAGAUAGCUGGGUAGCCAAAUGGCAGCGGUGCGUAAAUCGCGUGCCGGGAGCAUACGCCAUCUCAGUCUCUGGACGCCUCCCUGCGGGAAUGAUUCGCGAACUGAAGAGACGCGGUGUCACAUAUCGUUCGAGAGACACCAGUGGAUAUACGGCAUAAACAACAGAGUGUAAAACUAUUCGUUUAGACAUAUUAGUUUGAAUAUUCACAUGUUCAUAUAAAGUGGGCGUAUCUCCUUUCGUUUACAGUAUUUCACGUACAUAUGGUGCGCAUGCAGCCCACUUCUAUUUAUUCAGCACAAGGCAACUGUGUAUGUUCUUAUCAUGUGUACAUCUUUGAUCCAUAUGUACAUCUCCAUCAAAAUUAGUUGCCAAAUUUUCGAGAAAUGUUAACUUUGUACUAUCGAACAGCGCUAACGGAAACAUGAAUAAUGAGCUAUAAUGUUUAUUUGUUAACAUCGAGCGGAACGUGCAAGUCCUAACUGCAUCUUGCAACAUAUCCACCCCUACAUAAACUCGAGUUGCUGAAACAUGACCAUGAACAUUAAAAUAUUACACAAAAAGCUUUUUUUUUUUCAAAUUCUGUUGCCUACUUCGAAAUUCAGCGAAUCAAUUUUGAGACAAGAGUCAAAAAAUACAAGACGUGUGAUAUAACGAUAGUAUCGUUCGAAACCUGAAAGCAUAAAAUGAAAUUCAAUUAUUGAAUAAGCUAGUUAAGUGAAAUUUUUCCUGGGUUCGCGUUUUCCGUGUCGAUAUAUUGGAUAGACUAGCGCGUGUUUCCUGUAAAAUAAACUGUUCCUAUACCUGUAUAUUAUAUGAAGAUUAUUCUUUAUAUACUCGCUGCUAAGUAAUAGCAACGACAAAAGAUAACUUAUGAAAACGUAAUGUAACUAAUAAAGAAGAGGUUACAGAAAAUAACCGUUGUUGCUUUAAUUUCCUUGUUCUAUGUUUUUGUAUCGCUACGGUAUGUAUUCAGCUGUGCUAAAUGUAUUUGUAUCAGAGCAGAUGCCAAAACCUGACUGUGCGAACCAUGAAGCAAAGAGCCAUUAAAAUUUC